AUGGAACAUUCACAGCACCAACGCGCUGGCGGUACUGGAAAUUUCAUCCCUGGAUUAGGCCAGCAACAAAGACCUAAUCCUUCUUCACAUUCUCAUUCUUCAAGUUUGCCUAACCUGGAAUCAAAAGGCCACCAGGACCACAGCCCGGCUGCCCAAGACUGCCCCCCUUGCUGCUCUUCUAGAGACGCAUUCCGGCAGCUUACGCGAGAUAUACUGCAUCUAACCGUUCAAUCUACAAAGGAAGCUGGAAUCCCCGUUAACUCGCUGGAACCGAAGAAAUUUAAUCCAUCGGAGGCCAUGGAUGUUCCACUGGCAUAUGACAGUCACUCAUCGUAUGGCGGUGCCUCAGACUAUCAUGAAGGUAGCGGCCGCCAGAGUGUAUGGCCUGGACCACUGGAGAGUGAAGCGCGGGCCCAGAGAGAACCAUCUCCACCAAAGGCUUAUUCCUACCCUGCAGAUGCAAGCCAGCACGGCAGACGUAUCCCACAAUCCAAGUCUGAUGGGAACGUAAAGUCAUUCGACUACGGAGGUUGUGACGGCUCGGAUCCGGCCAACUAUUAUCAAGGCUGGGAAGGCCCGGCAAGGGUGCCCCCAACAGAGAAGUGGCAGACGGGUAACCAGCACCAUGAGCAGAGACACGAAUCAACUCAUGUGCUUCGUGGCCGUGGCCGUGGACGUUCCCGUUCUCCUACCAAGCUUGAAGACCUGGAUGAGGAUACUGCCCUUGACCUUUACCCUCGUCAAAGACGUUCAAAGUCUCCACAUAAGAAGUUAUUUGGUGAAAACGGAUGGCUAGGGCGAUCGCCCGAUAUCAAUGAUGUGCCCGGCGAAAAGAAGAAGCCCGGCCUGAGAGCUCUUGGGGAGAAGAUCAAACAACGUGUUGAGGAUAUUACAGGAUCCGCAUCUUCCACUUUCCAGCCCAAGAUGCUGGCCAGAUCUACCUGUCCAAUAUCUCUUGACCCGCCCACUCAGGCGAAGCUUUACUCUGAAAUGGAACUGAUGAUAUGCGUUACGGCCAACCAGUUCCUCAUCAGCCAGUACCAGGCCGGCCACAUGUCUGCAGAGUCCGUCAACAAAGUUACCAAUUUCUGGGUCUCCAAGAGCAGACCACAAGUUGUCCAGUUCCAGUUCGACCAAGCCACACAGCGAGACUUGAUCAUCUACAACCUCCGAACCUUCAAGUUCCACGGUGAAUGUGCAUUCAACACUGUCGUGUUAAACGCAACGUUAUACAACUGGAAAGCCAUGGCAAAGGAAAUGAGCAUUCGCACGUUUUGCUACCCGGAUAGUGUGAUUAGGAAACAUAUGCAUGAUACCCACAAGAUCCUGGAGAUGCUGGGAGGACCACUGGUGACAUUCCUGGCCUUCCAGGAGCUGCAGAUGGGUGCACUUGCAGCAAUGAAGAAGGCCCAGGAGAAGCAGCUGAAGGAAUCCGCGGAAAAGCAUGCAACCCAAGGAGCAUCUCAUCCGUCGGCGUUUGGAAAACGCAUGGCUUAA